UUGGAGGUGGCGGCCAGCUGGCAGCAGGAAGGCAGUAGGCCGGAAAUUUCAUUGGUCAAAACAUUUAACUGCCGCAUAUUAACUGCAGAGUGCAAAGUGCAUUUGCGAAACAGCAACAACAGCAGCAACAGCAACAACAACAAGAAUAGCAAUGCAAAGAAAUUAUUUUCAGUGUACAUUUGCAGAAGUUGAACUUUCCGAAAAAGGAAAAAAUCGAAGAAGUGCACAGUGCAGAGUUUUUCAAGUGGUUUGAGAAGUGAAAUUGCAUCAAUGCAAUAACAAAAGAGAAAAAAAGCAAAAAAUACUAAAAAAAUAUUCAAAUCAAAUAAGCAAAUAAUAAUCAUAAUAAAUACACAAUCUGUGAGUGUACAAGUGUGUGUGUGUGUGUAAAGUGGAAAAGUAUAAAAAUUAGCGAUUUUUGCAAUGCAAUGUCCAUCUCCAUUAGUGCGAGUAUUACUCAUUAGCAGCACCAGCAGCAGCAGCGCCUGUAAUGUGAUCGUCAUCAAAUGACAAAUUCCUCUGCAGUGCAUCGCAUUCUGCAGCGCGGCUGGAAUAACUAAACAAACUUUUGUGGAAAAAGAUAUCAAUCCAAAAAUUACGAAAAGUAAUGCGAUAAUAUCUUAGGCACUUGGAUGCCUGUUUUACGACAGUAAAAGAAAAUAGAAGAAAAACAAACCAAAGUAUAAGUAGUAGCAAAACAAGUCUAGUUAUGUUGAACGCCAAUAAUACACAACAGUCGCAGCAACAACAACAACAGCAACAACAAUCACAAUCAGCACAGCAACACCACGCGCAACACCAGCACCAACAUCAGCAUCAGCUUCCACAACAUAACACACAGCAACAGCAGCAGCAGCAGCAACAGCAACAACAAACACAACAAGUAUAUAACGGCGAUUUGAACUUCACCACAUUCGCUGAACUUUGUCGCCUCUGCUCAAUACGAAAUGGUCCCGCCAAAAUUCAUCUAUUCGAAAAGGAAGCGGAGCAGAGGAAUUUGGUCUACAAACUGCGCACGCUAAUGUCAACAAAUAUAUCCAAGGACGACUACCUUCCAAAGAAUAUCUGUGAGCAGUGCGUGCACAAAGUGGAGCAACUGUUUGAUUGGCGACAAUCGUCUUUGCAGAUUGAAAAUGUUCUGCAGAAUUACGCGGACUCGAUGAGAGCAGUGACGGCAACAAUUAAUUUUCAGGACGGUACCGUUAAUAUGGAUAAAAUGACGGUUGCCCAAAAGAAUGCAUACCUUGAGGCGCACAUGGCGGUACAGCAACAAAUGGCGCAAGCAGCAAUACAAUUUAAGCAACAGCAACAGCAACAACAGCAGCAGCAAACGUCCACGAAUUCUGCACAACAACAACAACAGCAACAGAAUUCCCCCACAACCAAUAAUAAUAAUAAUAACAACAACAAUUCGACACAGCAGCAAUUGCAGCAACAGCAACAGCAACAACAACAACAGCAGCAACAGCAAGCACAUUAUGCCAGUACGAUUAAGGUCCCACAAAUAAGUUCCUCCAGUUCGGGUGGUGCGGAGAGCACUUUCACUGUACCCGAUGAUGUGGGGAUGGGUUUCGAGGGUGGUGUACGUGUGCUACAAAGUUUAGGUAGUUGGUCACCGGAUAAUGUUACCUACAAUAUACCUAAACCGAAUCUUAUACCAUUCACCGAACCCUACGUCGAGGGUGGGUCCAUGCAUCCGGCCAGCCGACUCAAGGCACUGCAACAGGUGCAACAAGCCUCGUCGGGUGUGCGCAAAACGAAUCCAUCUAAAAAUCCAAACAAUAAGGCUUUCGAAUGUACUGUGUGCGGCAAAGGACUCGCCAGAAAGGACAAGCUGACAAUACAUAUGCGCAUCCAUACGGGCGAGAAACCUUAUAUUUGUGAAGUGUGCAAUAAAGCAUUCGCUAGACGCGAUAAACUUGUGAUUCAUAUGAAUAAAUUUAAACAUGUGACGCCCACGAAUAUAGCGCCAUUGGGCAAGCGGCUAAAUAAUAUGGUGAAGAAGAAAGAGCCUGAGCCCGAGGACAAUAAACAAAAUCUGGAAUUGCAACUGCAACAACAGGCCGUACAAGUGGCAACACAAAAUAUUAUAGUGCAAACGACCAGUGGUCAGCAUAGUACACAAACCACAGCUAUACCGGGCAUCAUUAUACCGCAUCACCAUCAGCAACAGUUGUCAUGGACUUGUGAGCUAUGCGGACGCAUGUUCUCUAGUCGGGACGAGUGGACAUUGCAUGCCAAGAGCCAUCUAGAGUAUUGACAACAGGAACAGGAAACAAUGGAGGAAACAAAAACAGCAAUAGCCAAUGCGGUAAAGCAACGCAGCUUUCAAACUGAGUCCAAU